AUGAUGAAUCGUAUAUCAUCCAUUCUUCUAUCAUUAUUAUUAACAUCAAUCGUUGUUAUUCAAUUAGACGAUCUUUUAGAUAUUAAAAUAUGUGGUAAGAAUGAAAAAUAUACAACAUGUGAUUCUACAUGUCCUCCAACUUGUGAUGAUAUACGUUAUCCAUUAUCGAAACCAUAUAAGACAUGUAUUUUAUUAUGUAAAUUUGACUGUUUUUGUAAGAAUGGUUACUAUCGAGCAGAAGAUGGUAGUUGUGUUUCACCAGAGAAAUGCUGUGGUGACAAUGAAAAAUAUAAAACUUGUGGUUCAGCUUGCAUUGAAACUUGUGAUAAUAAACCUGAACAAUGUACAAAACAAUGUGUUGUCGGUUGUUUUUGUGCUUGGUCUGAUCAUGUUCGUCAAAGCAAUAGUACUGGUAGUCCAUGUAUUCAUCGUGAUAACUGUUCAAAUGCAUGUAACGAAGACAGUUAA